UGGAUUAUGCAUCAUCUAAACGAUGUCGUCAAUUUCCUCGUCUUGGCUGGUGAUCUGACUCGACCAUCUCACCGCUCAAAUCCUUGGUUCUGCACGUAUAACCAAUUUCAACAGUCUUUUGAGUUUCUAAAACUGGCGAGACCAUUGAUAUUUUGGGCUCUAAAAGCAAAUCUUUUAGUAGGAUAAAGCAGAUUGGUAGCAGAAGAUGGAAGAAGAUGCAAAGAGAAGGAGAAGAGAGAUAGACAAAAGAAUACUGAACAAGGUAGGAGAAGUAAUCUCAGCAAUAAACACUGCCAAACACGUCGACCAAGUUAUUUGCGCUCUUCAUUCUCUUGCUGUUCUUCUCUUCCCUAUAGAUUCCUCUCUAGUCGUAGGUUGUCUUGAUGAGAGUUACAGAGACCAAAUCCUCAGCGCUAAGGUCCCCUCUGCUGAAGAGAUUGGCGAAUGGUGGCAAGCAUUCUACAGAGGAGUUGCAUUUCCAACACUAUCUCGAGUUCUAUUGCUUGAUAUUGCUUCCAAUUGGUUAGCUUGUUUUCCUUUCUCAGCAAAAAAACAUGUAUACGAUGCUUUCUUUGUUCAUGGACUUUCCACGGAAGUUGUUCAGGUUUUAGUUCCUUGCUUACAGCCAAAUGGAAAUGAUACUCUUGAUGUUCAUGCUGUCCAAUCAAAUUCUGAAAGGUUACUUCUCCUUUGCUUGAUUGAAAAUGAUGGAGCAGCACUAAUUGCCAGAGAAUUCGGCAGUGUGCACCAAUAUGUGAAUUUGACAAACACACAACUCCAGUCUGUUGUAUCGAGGGUGGCACAGAUUGUUACAUCUAUUCCUGACAAGGCACGACCAAAAGCCCCAACUUCACUCUCAUCACAUUUGUUCUUCAAGCAGAUUACUAUUCAACUCCUGCAUGAAGUGCAAGAUAGGUUCAGGAAUCUACAAGAUAGGGGAUCCAUCUUCAACAAGAGUGACUGGGAUGGUAUAAUGCUAUUUGUUGGGGAAACAUUUUCUCGCAUAUGCCGUCGUGGUUCUUCAGAUGUGCUUUCGGGUGAAGUAAUUCCUCAGGUUCUUAGAUAUGUUCAAUGGUGCUUGUCAAGCUGUGAUCCAGUAACAGAAGAAGUGUUUGAGACAAAUCCCAGAUCUCAAUUUUGGUUAAGGAUGAUGGAAGCAGUUAAAGAUCCCUAUGCUGUCGAAAGAAUGUCUGAACAGCUUUUGCACCAGAUGGCAACGGAAAAUGCAACUGAUAUUGAAGCUUACUGGACUCUUUGGAUACUGUUUAAUCGAAUUUUGAAAAAUCAGCCACCUGUCAAGUCUAUGUUUGUUGAUAAAUUUAUACUUUGGAAAGUAUUUCCUAUUUGUUGCCUACGAUGGAUUGUUCAAUUUGCUGUGCUUGAAUGUCCACCUGUUGCUAUUUCUCUUAUUAGAGGUCGUGAAGCCAAUGUUCUCUUAGAUACAGUGCAACGUCUGGUAGCAGUAUGGUCUAAAACGGAGUUUGUGCAAUCAGCCCCAAUAGAGCAGCAAGCUUAUGUGACUGCUGCUGUAGGUCUUUGCAUGGAGCAGAUGUCUAAAGAGGAUCUAGAUAAGUCUAAGGAUGUGAUGCACUCAAUUCUUCAAGGAGUUAGCUGUAGGCUAGAGAGCCCUAUUCAUUUAGUUCGGAAAAUGGCCAGUAAUGUUGCUUUAGUGUUCUCUAAAGUGGUUGACCCCAAAAAUCCUCUGUAUCUUGAUGAUAGCUGCAUUGAGGAGACUAUUGACUGGGACUUUGGAUUGACUAAACCCAAGAUGAAGACUUUGCCUACCUCAAAGGAAAGUGAUAAAGCAAAAACAUUGAGCAUCUCUGAGCCAGAGAAAGACUUAAAGUAUUCAAGAAAUAAUGGAAUGUGCAAAAACAAGAAAUCAUCACAGUUUAAGUUUGUUGAUCCAGAUGAGAUUGUUGAUCCAGCUACUCUAAAUUAUGGAGUAGUAUCUGGUGAAGAUGAGGAUGAUGCUGAUGAUGCAAGUGAGAAUUCUGAUUCUGCCAGUGAUUCGUCCUUACAGCCAUAUGACUUAACAGAUGAUGAUGCAGAUCUGAAAAAAAAGUUUACACAGUUGGUUGAUGUGGUAGGAGCCCUACGGAAAUCUGAUGAUGCUGAUGGGGUUGAGAGGGCUCUUGAUGUUGCUGAAAAGCUUGUGCGAGCAUCCCCUGAUGAACUUACACACAUAGCCGGUGAUCUUGCUAGAACCCUUGUACAAGUUCGUUGCUCUGAGUUGGCUGUUGAAGGCGAAGAAGAAUCAGCUGAAGAAAAGAGGCAAAGAGCAUUGGUUGCCUUGCUUGUCACAUGUCCUUUGCAAUCUGUGGAUGCUCUUAACAAACUGUUAUAUUCCCCAAAUGUUGACACCAGCCAACGCAUAAUGAUUAUUGAUGUAAUGACUGAAGCUGCACAGGAGCUUGCUGAUUCUAAGACUAUGAAACCUAAACAACAAUCAAGGGUCCUUAUAUCAACAAUAUCGGAGAAUCAACCCUGGUUCUUGCCUAGUAGCUCAGGACCUCCAGGUGCUGGUUUGUGGAAAGAGGUAUCAGAGACAGGAACUUUAUUAAACUACUCUAAUCGUUAUGAGAGAGAACUUCCAACUAAAGAUAGUCAAAACAGAAGAGGAAAAACUCAUCGUUGGAGCCUCAGAUCUGCAAAUAUACAGGAAAGCCAGUUGGAGUGGACCCAUAACAAGUUUCCUGUUUAUGCAGCAGCAUUUAUGCUUCCUGCCAUGCAGGGUUUUGAUAAGAAAAGACAUGGUGUUGACUUGCUUGGUAGAGAUUUUAUUGUCCUGGGGAAACUCAUCUUCAUGCUCGGUGUUUGUAUGAGAUCUGCUUCCAUGCAUCCAGAAGCAAAUGAUUUGGCUCCCCAUCUUCUAGAUAUGUUGAGAUCCAGGGAGAUAUGUCAUCAUAAAGAAGCAUAUGUCAGAAGAGCCGUCCUUUUUGCAGCUUCUUGUAUAUUGGUGUCACUUCAUCCAUCCUAUGUUGCAUCAGCCUUAACAGAAGGAAACCUUCAAGUUUCUAAUGGGCUUGAAUGGAUUCGCACGUUGGCCUUAAACAUAGCGGAGACUGAUGUCGAUAAAGAGUGCUAUAUGAUGGCUAUGUCAUGCCUCAAACUUCAUGCUGAGAUGGCCCUUCAAGCUUCCAGGGCACUAGAAGCUGCAGAAAGUUCAUUGAAGGCAAAGAAUAUUGGUUUUCCUUCGAGUUUGUCCAAGGGGACAAUCAGAAUCCCCUACUCAAAUUCGGAAUACUGGAUGAAUUGAUCUCUGUCGUUUUGUGCAGUUUCUAGGUUGUUUAUAAUAUACAAGUUCUUGCAAGUUACAAUUUAUUUUUGGUACCGGGUACGCUAUUAUCAAUUAUAUGCCAGUUUAUAUAUGUAAAAGAAUUGCAGCUCUUCUUUGCAACCAGCCACCAAAA